AUGCUGACGUGUAUAGCUCGUUCUAAACAACCCGGUGAUGACUCACUCAGUCAACUCGAUGACGACUCAGCCGUCGCGACCACCAAUCAUCCGUCUUCGGCAAAACACAACCAAGCCAUCAAAUCCCUCACUUCUCAGUUGAAGGACAUGGCAUUAAAGGCAUCAGGCGCGUACCGCCACUGCAACCCUUGCACAGCGCCAACAACAACAACAACAACAACAACUACAACUACUAUUCAGAGUCGACUCAGAAACAACUCGACUGAGUCGGACGCUGAGUCGGAGAAAUUCAGGUGGUCGCUACGGCGGACGGGAAGCUCGAGCUCGACUACACCGCGUACGUGGGGAAAAGAGAUGGAGGCGAGGCUGAAGGGAAUAUCGAGCUCCAGUGGUGAAGGGACUCCGAAUUCGGUUAACGGUAGCGGGCGUCGGGUCGACCCGCCAAUAGUGUUCGUUGAAGAAAAGGAGCCUAAAGAAUGGGUGGCCCAAGUGGAGCCCGGUGUUCUCAUCACUUUCGUUUCGCUUCCAAGGGGAGGGAAUGAUCUCAAGCGGAUACGCUUCAGUCGAGACAUGUUUAACAAGUGGCAAGCUCAAAGAUGGUGGGCAGAGAACUACGACAGGAUCAUGGAGCUUUACAAUGUCCAGAGGUUCAACCGCCUAGCAUUUCCGCUUCCUACGCCCCCAAGAUCCGAGGAUGAGAGCACAAAGAUGGAAUCUGCAGAAGACAGCCCCGUCACACCACCACUGAAUAGAGAACGGCUACCUCGUAACUUGUAUCGUCCAACAGGGAUGGGAAUGGGGUACUCAUCCUCAGAUUCGCUUGACCAUCACCCAAUGCAAGCCCGUCAUUACUGUGACUCUAUUGGUCUCACCUCGACCCCAAAACUCUCCAGCAUCAGUGGAGCUAAGACAGAAACAUCGUCAAUGGAUGCAUCUAUAAGAAGUAGCUCAUCAAGGGAGGCUGAUCGCUCAGGAGAGCUUUCCAUCAGCAAUGCCAGUGAUAUGGAGACCGAAUGGGUUGAGCAGGAUGAACCAGGUGUUUACAUCACCAUCAGAGCCUUGCCUGGUGGCAAAAGAGAGCUCAGACGAGUCAGAUUCAGCCGAGAAAGAUUUGGGGAGAUGCAUGCAAGAGUGUGGUGGGAAGAGAACCGAGCCAGGAUACACGAACAAUACUUGUAA